AAUAACAACAUUAUAUCUUUGUAUCUGCUUAUCUAUUUGUGUCUUGUUUUAUCUUUUCAUAAAUUAACAUACUGUUUCAAAGAUUAGAUUCUCCCUAUGUUAAUAAACCCAAUCCCAAAAGUAUUUUCAGAGUCAUAAUCUUCACCAAAUUAUAGUGAUUAUGAAUAUGACACUUCCUUAUAACAUUACACCAAGAGAGAAUAUCUAUAAGUGGGGACACAUUGGUUGGACCAAUAAAUGAAAGUAAGUAAAGUGGCUGUAACACAUUGGUCCUCUCAUUUCUCAACUAGCAUAUAAUGCUGCUCUUCUUUUUCCCGACCCAACAAGACAUUAGUCCUUUUCAUUCCCAUCCUUCACUCACACACAAACACAUAUAUAAUAUAACCUCACAUCAUAGCUUCUUAUGCAUCAUGGAGAUUCAACUAGGUCAGCCUCUACAAACUCAUACCUCCAUUGAAGGAUUUGAUCCUCAUAAUUACAACCAUGGUUUAAUUAAUCAAGGUGGUUGUUAUGAAAACAAGAAGUAUGUCGAAAACAACCGUAGCUUCGAAGAGUCGUUUGGACAUUGUUCGAAGUCUUUGCCUUUGUUAAUAUGGAAUGGACAACCAAAUGAAGAAGAUGACCGCGGUAAAAAGAUGAAUCAAAACGUUCAUAUAUCAAACAAUGAAGGGGAAAACCAUUUGGUAGGAUGGCCACCAAUUAAAUCAUGGAGGAAGAAAGAACUUCAUCAGCAACAUCCUAACCAAAUAAGGAUUGAUCAUAGAAUGCAAGGUAAUGAGAAUCAAAGAGGAUGGAACAAACUAUACACUCACACUUCCGAAUAAACUAUAUGACAAAGAUUAUAAUUUGUACUUUCAUGUUGUUUGUGUUUGGUUGAGUAAAAGGUAUUAUUUGCUUAAGUAUGUUAAUGUUUUGAUAAACAAUGAGUUUAGUAAAAUAAUUAGACAGUUUAUGUAUGUAUUGAUCUUGAAAAUUAUUAAUGUUAAUCAAUGACUUUGAUAAUAAAUUUAUGAUUUAAUUUAUUA